AUGGAAGAAAGACACAGACUCUUACUGACAUCCCCUAGUCUGCAAGAAGAAACAGCCCCAUUACGAUCAUCAGGUUCAUCCUCGGAAGCCUAUAUUCUUUCCAUUACCUCUUUGCCUUCCCACUACGCGGCAUCUGCAUCUGCACCUUCAAAUGUUAUUGAUAUCUUCGACAAAAGGACGCUUCAAGGCCUGCAGACCCUGCCAGGACAUGAAAUUGCAACCACGUCUCUUCUUACGGUCGAUAAACUGGGCGGAAUCGUGAACCAGUGCCUCGUCUCCGCUGGGAAGGACGGGAGCGUCAAGGCUUGGGAUGUUCGUUCCAAUUCGCAUAGUAUUAAAAUGACGAAUCUAGGGCAAUCUCGUCCUCUGCUAUGUUGUGAUAUUUCGAAGGAUGGCUUAACCGUAGCUGCUGGGACUGACCUACAAGGAGACGACGCGUUCAUUCUCUACUGGGACCCUCGACAACCAGCUACACCUCUACGAACGCACAGCUCAACCCACUCUGACGAUAUCACUACUGUAUCCUUCGCGCCUACGAGAGAUCGGGAAAACGACAAGUACUUGCUCCUUUCUGGAUCAACAGACGGCCUUCUCUGCACCUCGAAUCCAGAUGAAGACGAUGAGGACGAGGCCCCGCUCCAAGUGGGCAAUUGGGGGUGCAGUAUCGCACAGGCUGGGUGGAUACACGGCUCCUCGAAGUCAAAAUUGGCAGGUAUCUGGGCUGGAAGUGAUAUGGAGACAUUUAGCACCUGGACAAACGAACUCGAGCCUCUCAUGAACCUCGACAUCCGUUCACCUGUCCUGCACCAAGGUCGGACAUGGGUGACCGACUAUCUCGUCAAAGCACACAGCACACCGACAUCCACGCCGAACCUUAGUGUCUUCGCUGGCUCGAACGAAGGAGACGUUGCAUUGCUGUCAAAUGUGAACCCCUCAGUGCAAGACGCGCCGUGGUGCUUACACAAGCUCUGGACCCAUGGGCACGUCGGAGUUGUACGAAGUCUGCUCUGGGACGAAGAGAGACAAGGUCUAAAGGAAGAGCAGCAUCAAACGCUCAUCACUGGAGGUGAAGACGGCAAGCUUAACGCGUGGCCUAUCGAUCCCGUCAUGCCAGAAGACAAUGGGCAAGACGAGGAGGCGCAGGGGGAUACCUCCAUGGACGUGGACAUGGCUUCGCCGAAGCAGAAGAGACGCGAACUUGACAGAGAUGGGGAACGGGUAUGA